ACUCUCUCCCUCUCUCUUCUCUCUCUCUGUCUCUCUCACUCACUCUCUCCUUCUCCCUCUCCCUCUCCUCUCUCUCCUUCCUCCUCCGCCUCCUCAGCUCUUGGGCUAGAAUAUCUAUGGGUCGAAACGUGAUGCGAUGAAUUCGAGAGAGAGCGAAACUAGGACGAGGAGUGCGGCGGAAGCGGCGGGACUCCCGGGCAUGGGGGCUUCACCACAAUAGAGGCAGCACCCCCACCCGCCCCCGCCAGCCCCUCCGGAGCGAAGCCCCCAAACCCCCUCGGGAAAAGGAUGGCGGCGGCACCUACCCAGAUCGAAGCCGAGCUGUAUUACCUGAUCGCUAGGUUCUUGCAGUCUGGACCCUGCAACAAAUCCGCUCAGGUGCUAGUGCAGGAGCUCGAGGAGCAUCAGCUGAUUCCGCGCCGCUUAGAUUGGGAGGGGAAAGAGCACCGAAGAAGCUUCGAGGAUCUGGUGGCAGCAAAUGCACACAUUCCUCCAGACUACCUCCUUAAAAUUUGUGAGAGAAUUGGUCCUUUACUAGAUAAAGAGAUCCCUCAGAGUGUUCCUGGGGUACAGACAUUAUUAGGUGUCGGUCGGCAGUCUCUGCUACGGGAUGCCAAAGACUGUAAGAGUACACUAUGGAAUGGGUCUGCUUUUGCGGCUCUACAUAGAGGCAGACCUCCAGAACUACCUGUAAAUUAUGUGAAACCUCCAAAUGUGGUGAAUAUCACCUCUGCCAGGCAAUUAACCGGAUGUAGUCGCUUCGGUCAUAUUUUCCCUUCAUCUGCUUACCAGCACAUUAAGAUGCAUAAGAGAAUUCUGGGGCACUUGUCAUCUGUCUACUGUGUAGCAUUUGACCGAAGUGGGAGAAGAAUUUUUACAGGUUCAGAUGACUGUUUAGUAAAAAUUUGGGCUACAGAUGAUGGACGUCUUCUUGCUACACUUCGUGGACACUCUGCUGAAAUUUCUGACAUGGCUGUUAACUAUGAAAACACUCUUAUUGCCGCAGGCAGCUGUGAUAAGGUAGUAAGAGUAUGGUGUCUUCGAACUUGUGCACCCGUUGCAGUCCUUCAGGGCCAUUCAGCUUCUAUUACUUCCAUACAGUUUUGUCCAUCAACUAAAGGCACAAACAGAUACCUCACUUCUACUGGUGCUGAUGGAACAAUCUGUUUCUGGCAAUGGCAUGUCAAAACAAUGAAGUUUAGAGAUCGCCCAGUGAAAUUUACUGAGAGAUCCAGACCUGGAGUCCAGAUAUCUUGUUCAUCUUUCAGUUCUGGCGGUAUGUUCAUUACAACUGGUAGUACUGACCAUGUGAUUAGAAUAUAUUAUUUGGGUUCUGAGGUUCCUGAGAAAAUUGCUGAAUUAGAGUCACAUACGGAUAAAGUUGUUGCUGUUCAGUUCUGUAACAAUGGAGACAGUUUAAGAUUUGUUAGUGGAAGUCGAGAUGGAACGGCAAGAAUUUGGCAGUAUCAGCAACAAGAAUGGAAGAGUAUAGUGCUCGACAUGGCUACUAAAAUGACUGGCAAUAAUUUGCCAUCUGGAGAAGACAAGAUCACUAAACUUAAGGUGACUAUGGUGGCCUGGGAUCGCUAUGAUACCACAGUUAUUACUGCAGUGAAUAAUUUUCUUUUGAAAGUGUGGAAUUCUAUCACAGGACAGCUUCUUCAUACAUUAUCUGGACAUGAUGAUGAAGUAUUCGUUCUGGAAGCCCAUCCAUUUGAUCAAAGGAUUAUACUUUCAGCAGGUCACGAUGGGAACAUUUUUAUUUGGGACCUUGACCGGGGGACCAAAAUUCGGAAUUACUUUAACAUGAUUGAAGGCCAAGGCCAUGGUGCGGUGUUUGAUUGUAAAUUUUCACCGGAUGGAAACCAUUUUGCCUGCACAGAUUCUCAUGGGCAUUUGCUGCUUUUUGGUUUUGGAUGCAGUAAAUACUAUGAAAAGAUUCCAGAUCAGAUGUUCUUCCACACGGAUUAUCGUCCUCUUAUUCGUGAUGCCAAUAACUAUGUAUUGGAUGAACAAACCCAACAAGCUCCUCACCUCAUGCCUCCUCCAUUUUUGGUGGAUGUUGAUGGAAAUCCUCAUCCCACAAAAUUCCAACGGUUGGUACCAGGACGGGAAAAUUGUAAAGAUGAACAGCUUAUACCACAGCUGGGAUAUGUGGCUAAUGGUGAUGGUGAGGUAGUAGAACAGGUAAUUGGGCAGCAAACCAAUGACCAAGAUGAGAGCAUUCUUGAUGGAAUAAUCAGGGAACUGCAGAGAGAACAAGACUUGAGACUAAUUAAUGAAGGAGAUGUUCCACAUUUUCCAGUUAAUAGAGCAUACUCUGUUAAUGGUGCUCUGAGAAGUCCAAACAUGGACAUAUCUUCUUCCCCAAACAUCAGGCUUAGAAGACAUAGUAGUCAAAUUGAAGGUGUUAGACAAAUGCAUAACAAUGCUCCUCGGAGCCAGAUGGCCACUGAAAGAGAUCUCAUGGCAUGGAGCAGAAGAGUGGUGGUCAAUGAACUAAAUAAUGGGGUUAGUAGGGUACAGGAAGAAUGUCGAACUGCAAAAGGUGACAUAGAAAUCAGUCUUUAUACAGUUGAAAAGAAGAAAAAGCCAUCUUAUACUACUCAAAGGAAUGAUUAUGAGCCUAGCUGUGGGCGUUCUUUACGAAGGACACAGCGCAAACGUCAACAUACUUACCAAACACGGUCCAACAUAGAGCAUAAUUCACAACCUUCAUGUCAAAAUUCAGGUGUACAGGAAGACUCAGACAGCUCCUCAGAGGAAGACGAAACUGUUGGCACAAGUGAUGCUUCAGUAGAGGAUCCUGUUGUUGAAUGGCAAAGUGAAAGUUCUUCCAGUGAUUCAUCAAGUGAAUAUUCUGAUUGGACAGCAGAUGCUGGAAUAAAUUUACAACCCCCAAAAAGACAAACGAGACAGACAACACGGAAAAUAUGCAGCAGCUCUGAUGAGGAAAAUUUGAAGUCCCUAGAAGAAAGGCAAAAGAAACCUAAGCAGACUAGAAAGAAGAAAGGAGGACUGGUUUCUAUGGCAGGUGAGCCUAAUGAAGAAUGGUUUGCCCCUCAGUGGAUCUUGGAUACUAUACCCCGACGUUCCCCAUUUGUUCCACAAAUGGGAGAUGAGCUUAUCUAUUUUAGGCAAGGACAUGAAGCUUAUGUUCGGGCUGUAAGGAAAUCAAAAAUAUACAGUGUUAAUUUACAAAAACAGCCAUGGAACAAAAUGGAUCUCAGGGAGCAAGAGUUUGUUAAGAUUGUAGGAAUCAAAUAUGAGGUUGGCCCACCCACACUGUGCUGCUUGAAGCUUGCAUUUCUGGACCCAAUUUCAGGCAAAAUGACUGGAGAAUCUUUUUCCAUUAAGUAUCAUGACAUGCCAGAUGUCAUUGACUUCCUUGUGCUACAUCAGUUUUAUAAUGAAGCCAAAGAAAGGAACUGGCAGAUUGGUGAUAGAUUCCGCAGUAUAAUAGAUGACGCCUGGUGGUUUGGAACUGUGGAGAGUCAGCAGCCUUUUCAACCAGAGUAUCCUGAUAGUUCUUUCCAGUGUUAUAGUGUUCACUGGGACAAUAAUGAGAGAGAAAAGAUGAGCCCCUGGGAUAUGGAGCCAAUUCCAGAAGGAACUGCCUUUCCAGAUGAAGUUGGUGCUGGUGUCCCUGUCUCCCAGGAAGAAUUGACUGCUUUGCUAUAUAAACCCCAGGAAGGAGAGUGGGGGGCUCAUUCCAGAGAUGAAGAAUGUGAACGGGUUAUUCAGGGCAUCAACCACCUUCUUUCCCUGGAUUUUGCCAGCCCUUUUGCUGUUCCAGUGGAUCUCAGUGCCUACCCCUUGUAUUGUACUGUAGUUGCUUAUCCAACUGACCUCAAUACCAUCAGGCGGAGACUUGAAAAUCGCUUUUACAGGAGAAUAUCAGCAUUAAUGUGGGAGGUACGCUAUAUUGAGCAUAAUGCCAGGACUUUCAAUGAGCCAGACAGUCCUAUAGUUAAAGCAGCUAAAAUUGUAACUGAUGUCUUACUUCGAUUUAUUGGGGAUCAGAGCUGUACUGAUAUACUGGAUACUUAUAAUAAAAUUAAAGCAGAAGAACGAAACAGUACUGAUGCAGAGGAGGAUACAGAAAUGGUUGAUUUAGAUUCAGACGGUCCUGGUACUUCAUCUGGAAGAAGGGUCAAAUGCCGAGGCAGAAGACAGUCUUUAAAGUGUAAUCCUGAUGCUUGGAAAAAACAAUGCAAAGAACUAUUGAGCCUCAUUUAUGAACGUGAAGACUCAGAGCCAUUUCGACAGCCAGCCGAUCUUCUUUCUUACCCAGGUUAUCAGGAGCAAGAGGGAGAAUCCUCAGAGUCUGUUGUUCCAGAAAGACAACAAGAUUCAUCUCUUUCUGAGGAUUAUCAAGAUGUUAUAGAUACUCCUGUGGACUUCAGCACUGUGAAAGAAACUUUGGAAGCAGGAAACUAUGGUAGUCCUCUGGAAUUUUAUAAGGAUGUUCGCCAAAUAUUCAACAACUCCAAAGCUUAUACCUCUAAUAAAAAGUCAAGGAUUUAUAGCAUGAUGCUGCGAUUAUCUGCCUUAUUUGAAAGUCAUAUCAAAAAUAUCAUCUCUGAGUAUAAGUCAGCAAUCCAGAGUCAGAAGAGGAGAAGGCCACGGUACAGAAAACGUCUAAGAAGCAGCAGCAGUUCGUUAUCUAGUAGUGGAGCACCUAGUCCAAAAGGGAAGCAGAAACAAAUGAAGUUGCAGCCUAAAAAUGACCAGAAUACCUCAGUAUCUUAUGCCAGGACUAGCUCUCCUUUCUCAUCUCCUGAUGCUGCUGAAGGGCUUUCACUAUAUCUACUUGAUGAUGAGCCAGAUGGGCCAUUUUCUUCAUCGAGCUUUGGUGGAUAUAGCCGAAGUGGAAACAGCCAUGACCCAGGGAAAGCCAAAUCAUUGCGGAAUAGAGUUUUGCCAGUUAAACAAGAUCACUCCCUUGAUGGACCCCUUACAAAUGGUGAUGGCAGAGAGCCCCGGACAGGAAUCAAGAGAAAACUACUUAGUGCAUCAGAAGAAGAUGAAAACAUGGGAGGAGAAGAUAAAGAGAAAAAAGAAACAAAAGAGAAGUCUCAUUUAUCCACCUCAGAGAGUGGAGAGUUAGGAUCCAGUUUAAGUUCUGAAAGUACCUGUGGUUCUGACUCUGACUCUGAAUCAACUUCCAGAACAGAUCAAGAUUACGUAGAUGGAGACCAUGAUUAUAGCAAAUUCAUACAAACCAGACCUAAAAGAAAACUCAGAAAGCAACAUGGCAAUGGAAAAAGAAAUUGGAAGACCAGAGGCACAGGAGGAAGAGGCAGAUGGGGAAGAUGGGGUAGAUGGAGUAGAGGAGGCAGAGGAAGAGGAGGCAGGGGACGAGGGAGUAGAGGAAGAGGUGGAGGUGGCACUAGGGGGAGGGGAAGAGGGAGAGGAGGAAGAGGUGCUUCUAGAGGAGCUACCAGAGCCAAACGAGCACGUAUUGCAGAUGAUGAAUUUGAUACCAUGUUUUCAGGACGUUUCAGUAGACUGCCUCGAAUUAAAACAAGAAACCAAGGCAGGAGGACUGUUUUAUAUAAUGAUGAUUCUGAUAAUGACAAUUUUGUGUCCACUGAGGAUCCUCUGAAUCUUGGUACAUCCAGAUCAGGCAGAGUGCGUAAAAUGACAGAAAAAGCCAGGGUUAGCCAUCUCAUGGGAUGGAAUUAUUAACAGUUAAUAAAUUUAGAAUAACUUAAAAAAUUCAAUGGCCUUCUACUGCAGGGAAUUUACCAGGAAAUCUACAAAGCAAGUUGUGUGGGGACUUCUGCUUCCUUUCACAUUGGUGCUUUUCCAUUUAUGCCAGUAUACAUUUGUUUCAAGACUUUUGAUCUCCACACUUCAUUUGUUCAAAUAAGCCUUACUCAUUAGGCCUUAAAUUAAAAGAAAUUCUGCCCACACACACACACACACAAACACACACACACACACGAAACACAACACAGACACACUACAGAUUUACUACAUUAAAGGAGCAUUCAGCUUCUUAAGAGUAGCAUGACAUUUUUAUCUCAAUAGAAUAGCCCUCUUUUGCUUUUGUAUCACAGAAGUAUAGCACCUUCUUACAGAGUUUUAUAUAGUUUGUUUUUGCCAUUUUGAUUCCUAUACCCAGUAAUAAUAACUUUUGCACAAUACACCAAUCCUAAAGGCAGCUAUUAAAUGUUUACAGUUUCUAUAUUGUAAGAGCGAUCUGGAUUAUUUUACUCUUCCCAGGCCAAACUUUCAUGACUUGUACUGAACUGAAGUAUAUAUUUAUACUACAGUUUUUUGGGGGGUGGGGGGAUCUUGAUAUGCUUUUCAUUGAUUUGCAUAAUUCACGUUAAAGGUGAGAAAGGGUUGGUGCCUUGUAAAUAUGUAGCAGAUCUUCGUGGUGUGUUCUGAUGUGUGCAUUAACUUUAUUAAAAAAGAAUACUUGAGGUAUCAAUCUAGACAAGGUGCCAAAUGCAAAAGUUUCCUGCAUCAAUUUUUUUUCCUAUCACAUUUUAUUGCAUUAAUAGAAUUUGUGUAGCUUAAAUAACUUAAACAUUUGAAAAAUCCUCAUCCACAAAGAACAACUUCUUUGAACAGUAGCUCAGCUACCUCUUAACUACAACUACUGGAAACAUUAAGGAAAAUAGAUGCUGUUAUUCCUUACUGACUAAGGAGAAAUAGAACAAGCUUAGUAGGAAUGAAUACCCAUAAGUUAUAAGCUGAGAGGUUGUUAAUAAUUGUAUUGGCUCUCAAAUUAAUAAUUGUAAUUAACAAACUUUCAUAAGUAUAGUAUGCUCUACCUUAGACUUUCUUAGAACAUGAACAUAUUUGUGUAAGUAGACUUGGGCUACUGCUCACAUAUUUCUGCUCCACUUACCAUUUAACAGCUGUGAGUUACUGGUUUUCAUUUGAAUCUUAAAAUUUAACAAAGCACCUAGUUUGAGUUGGAAUGUUUUGGCUAGCUAGUAUUAUGAAUCAACUUAUAGAUUCUGCUCAUAUCAUUCCAAAGGGUUCUUCUGUUCUAGUCUUUCAGGAAAGAACCUUAUUGCACUGCACACUGAUGUUGUGAAUCAUUAUUUUAUAGAUAAAAAGCAUCUUUAAAAACCCUUAUUGUCUUGUUUACAGCAGUAGAGUGCACAUGGUUCCAUAAGUGAGCUUGAGUUUCAAGGUCAAUUUUAGUCCCCAAAUUUAAUAUUACAGAUUUGUUGAUUUGUUAGAUACUUACAUUUCUGAGGUAAGAGGGAUAAUAUCAAUUUAUGUUUCUGUAACAGCAAAUUUCUUGCACUUAGAUCAGGCUCAUGGGAUAAAACAGACUUCUUAGUGUAUACCUAGCUAUCCCAGGAUUUUUCUUAAGCUAAUGUGUUUGUCUCAUGCUUUCAAUCAUUUCAUGCAUCUGAAAACCCUUAAGUGCAGAGGAAGGUGUACACACAUAAAACUUUGCUUUUUUGGUAGGGUCGGCAGUAGGGUUAUUCUUGGACUAACAUCUUUAAGCAGUUUUCACUUGCAGUAGAAAUGAUGUUCAGGCUUUAAGAGAAAGUAUUGUUGUGAAUUGUUAAUGGCACUAACUUCUGUUACUAGACAGCAGACCAAGCUAUUUUUUUGUUGUAGUCUUUUUUUCACUAAACCAAAACUACUACUGGUUGUAACUCAGCUGCCACUUUUAACCAUAGUAGAGAUUCAAAACGUUCCUAUUUGAAACUACAUUUGGUUUUUCCUAAAACGUGCUGUUUCAGUUAUUUAUCUCUUGGGCAUUUAGACUAAAUCGUGCCUGUAUUCCUGAAAUCAAUAAUACUUUGGCCUAUCCUGAUCUAAGUAACAUAGUUACUUAAAUUCCUGGAUAUACCCAAAUAUGGAUCACAUGUAUCAUUUUAGUGUGAAAUUUUUUGUUGACAUUCUUCUAUGAAGAGCUGACCUCUUGAAAUGUAGAAGAAUUGACAUUUGUGUGAUUUUGGCUAUCUGGAGCUUUAUUUAUAAUUUAUUUUGAAAAAUAAAAAUGCCACAUUUAUUUCCCAAAUGUCAAGAUUUUCUAGAAUUAGAUAAUUAGAAUAAUAAGGCUGAAGACAUUUUAAAGCAUAUUUUAUAUGUAGUGAAAUACUGUGAAAAUAUUAGUGAACAGCACUUUGCUGUAAUGUUUAUUUCAGUUAUUAAGAUUUAAAGAGUUAGUCAUCAGGGUAUGUUAGAUAAACAUAGUUAUCAUUUAUUAAACAAACAGAUAAUUUUCUGUUUGCAUGCAAAUUAUUUUAAUAAGUGUGAAAAAUAAAAGUUUGGAAGAUAGUAUUUUUACUUUUAUAUCUGGACUUUUUUCCCCCCAAUUUACACUUUGCUUUCUUGUAAUACCACCUCCUGUGAAUGUGUUGUAAUUAGUAUCACAUUGAUUACUUUAUCAUUUUAAUUUCUUUGAGGCCCUUUAAACUUACGUGAAAUCUGGGUCCAGCCAUAGCAAAGCAAGUAGGAAAUGAACAAAGAAUUUUGAAGAAAAGCCUAAAUCUUAAAUUGCUAAGAAAAACCACUGUUAUAUUUAGGCCCAUGAGAGCAUAUACAUGUAUAAACCUAAUCCUAUGCUAGAUAUGAAUAGUCAGUGAGCUGUAAUAUUUCUCAUAAAUGCUAAUAAUGUUUAAAUUCCCAGCUUUAAGAUCUUAGUGUGUGUAUAUAUUUAUAAAAUCUGAACUGUGUGUUUCUUCUAUGGCUUACUGUGUGUUUCUCUUUCAGCAAUAGGAUGCUCUCUCAAACAUUCACUAGCCUACUAGCCCAAUUACUAAAUUUUUGUAUAUGUGUGUUUGUGCACUUGUAUAUGUGUAAAGUUUUUUCCCCAACUUGACACACCUUAUCUCCGACAUUGAAAAAAA